AUGGAGGGCUUCAAUUGCGGAACAGAAUCUUGGGUUUCUUCAAUCCGAAAAAACCCAGAUGAACAAACCCAUCAAUCACUACAAACCUCUUCUUCUUCUGAGAUCAUGCUAGGAAUCGGAGAAGAAGAAUGGCCGAAGUUGAAAAGCUUGAAGAGCAAGAAGAAGAAAAAGAACCAAGUUUUGCUUGAAGGGUAUGUAGAGUCAGCCGAUGAGGAUGAUUUGUCUAGGACCAAGAGCUUGACGGAUGAGGAUCUUGACGAGCUCAAAGGGUGUUUGGAUCUGGGAUUUGGGUUCAGCUACGAAGAGAUUCCUGAGCUCUGUAACACCUUGCCUGCUCUUGAGCUUUGUUAUUCUAUGAGCCAGAAAUUCAUGGACGAAAACCAGAAGUUGCCGGAGAAUUCUCCGACCACAGUUGAUUCGUGCCCUUCGGUUUCAAGUCCAAUUGCCAAUUGGAAGAUCUCUAGUCCUGGUGACCAUCCUGAGGAUGUGAAAGCAAGGCUCAAAUACUGGGCACAGGCUGUGGCAUGCACCGUUAGGUUGGACCUUCAUCGGGAGCUUGCGCUUCACUGGUUUAUUCUGUAA